AUCGUAAUUAUCCAAACAUAAGUGAUUUUUUUUAUUAAUUUGACCAUACCUUUACCCUUAUUUAUACCAAUAUUGAAUAGUCAAAUUCCAUUAAAAUCGUAAAGUUCCUAAUUAAAGUAUAACAACAUAUAUUUUUUAGAUUAUUCCUUUAAUUUUAUUAUUUUGUCUUGUGCAUAUAAUAAAAUAUUAUUAUCUUGAAAGCGCGGGAAAAUUGAAGCUAAAAUUUAAGUUAAUAAUAAUUAAGGCCGCUAAUUAUUUCCCCUCGACUCGAGAAGAAGAAAAUGGAGAAAAAUGGGGAGAAGGAAUUCCCAGCAUUUCCGUACAAACCCUACUCCAUUCAGCUCGAUUUCAUGAAAUUCUUGUACGAAUCUCUCGACAGAGGCGGAAUUUCCUUGCUCGAGAGCCCCACUGGGACCGGAAAAACCCUAAGCAUGAUAUGUAGUGCACUGCAAUGGCUUGUGGACAGAAAAAAACUGGAGGGUUUGGAAAAUCUGGGUGAGUGUAAUGACAAUGUUGACAAUGAUGAGCCCGAUUGGAUGAGAAACUUCGUACCGAAUAAAGAACCCGAGAGGAAAAAUCUAAUACAUAAGAAAAAAAUUGAGUCCCGUUCUAAGGAAAAGGGAGAUGUAGUUAGAGAUUUACACAGUCUUGGUGUAAAGGAGAAAAAGAGUGAUGACAGUGAGGCGAUAAAUGUGAAGGUGAAAACUGGGGUUGAUGAGGUGGAUGAUGCGAUUUUUUUAUUAGAAGAAUAUGACAGUGAUGCAGAAAAUGGUCGGAAAUCGAAAAGGAAGAACGGUGAAGCGGAGGAUUUUUUAUUGAGCGGAGAAGAAGAGGAAGAGGAGGUGGAUGGGUUGGGUGAGGAGGAAGUGGAGACUCGGUUGAAAGUUUACUUUUGUAGCAGGACACAUUCUCAGCUUUCGCAGUUUAUGAAAGAGCUGAGGAAGACUAAAUUUGCUACUGAGUUGAGGGUUGUUUGCUUGGCUUCAAGGAAGAACUUCUGCAUCAAUGAAGAGGUGCUGAAGCUGGGGAAUUCGACUCGUGUAAAUGAGAGGUGCUUGGAGCUUCAAAAGUAUAAGAAAAAAGGCACUUCUAAAUUAAAGAAGUUGGUUUCUGGAAAAAGAGUACGUUGCAAGAGUUCUUCCUCCGGAUGUUCUAUGCUAAGGAGACGGAAAAUAGAGGAUUUCAAGAAUGAGAUUAUUCAAAAAACGGAAGCUCUGGAUAUUGAAGAUCUUGUUCGAAUGGGGCGCAAUUUGGAAGGUUGCCCUUAUUACGUUUCGAGACGAAUGUUGCCUACUGCUGAUCUCGUUGUUCUUCCUUAUCAGUCUCUUCUUUCAAAAUCAUCCCGCGAAUCAUUAGGUUUAAAUAUUAAAGACAGUGUUAUUAUCAUAGAUGAAGCUCACAAUCUAGCCGAUACUCUCAUCAGUAUGUACGAUGCAAAAAUUACAGUCCCUCAGUUGAACCAAUUGCAGUCUCACUUAGAUGGAUAUUUCCAACGAUUUCGUAAUCUUUUAGGACCGGGGAAUAGGAGGUAUUUACAGACUUUGACGACCCUCACUCGGGCCUUUUCACAAUUUCUGUCUGCUGGUAAUAAAUUUGCGAACCGAACCGAUCCCGUGUGUAAUAAUACUGAGGAGAUUACGAGUACGUCGGAGUCUACGAUGACCAUCAACGAAGUAUUAUACGCUCUGCACAUCGACGACAUCAACCCGGUCAAACUGUUGCAGUACAUGAAAGAGAGUAACAUAAUUCACAAGGUCAGUGGGUAUGGAGAAAAAGCUGCCACCUCGAGAAUCGUUGGUGAAGGGAAAGCAAUUAGUGAGGGGGAAAGUGCAAUAUCUGGUUUCAGGGCAUUAACCGACAUGCUUUCCUCUCUGAUAAAUAAUGACAGCGACGGCAAAAUAAUAGUCUCGACACCUACACAAACAUGCAACGGUCUCGAAGGAGGAUACAUAAAAUAUGUUAUGCUUACCGGAGAAAAAAUGUUUUCCGAGGUUGUCGAUCAAGCUCAUGCUAUCAUAUUGGCUGGAGGAACUUUGCAACCUAUAGAGGAAACAAAGGAAAGACUCUUCCCAUCAAUACAGCUGCAUCAGUUACCAUUCUUUUCGUGCGGUCAUAUAAUUCCUUCUGAAAAUAUUUUGCCGAUCGCUGUUAAGCAUGGACCUUCGGGUCAGUCAUUCGAUUUUAGUUUCAAAAACAGAAGCUCGCCAACCAUGAUUGAAGAGCUAGGACUUAUGCUGUGUAAUCUAGUAUCAGUUGUUCCGGAAGGUGUAGUUGUAUUUUUCUCGUCAUUUGAUUAUGAGAGCCGAGUCUAUGAUGCGUGGAAGGCAUCGGGGAUUCUUUCAAGAAUUAGUAAGAAGAAGCAAAUCUUUAGAGAACCGAGAAAGAGUACAGAUGUUGAAGCUGUCUUGAGAGAAUACAAACAAACGAUUGAUGAUUUGGCAGUUAAUUGUCCCACAUCUUGCAAUGGUGCGAUUCUACUUGCUGUUGUUGGUGGGAAAAUAUCCGAAGGUAUCAAUUUCAGUGACGGGGCGGGUCGAUGCAUAGUAAUGGUCGGAUUGCCCUAUCCUAGCCCAUCGGAUGUUGAACUGAUGGAAAGGGUGAAGCAUAUUGAAGGCCUUGGUCGAACAAUCCCGAGUAAUAAUCCUGUCUGUGGUGAGACUGGUUUUCAUGUUCUUAAAAGAUGUAAGGGCAAAGGAAAAGAGUACUACGAUAAUCUUUGCAUGAAAGCUGUGAAUCAAUCGAUUGGCAGAGCAAUUCGGCAUAGAAACGAUUAUGCAGCGAUCCUAUUGGUCGAUGCACGUUAUGCUUCUGAUUCGACAAAAAGAGGGUUUUCCCACUCAACGGAAAAGCUGCCAAAAUGGAUCAAGAAUCAGCUGGUUCCUACAGUUCCCAAUUACGGAGAAGUUCACAGGUUGCUGCAUCAGUUCUUCAAAUUCCACAAAAAAGAAGGGAUUCAACGAGUAAAUAAUAUAACAGGAUAAAAGUUGAUACAGUCUAGUGGUGACAAAUUGUUGGUAUUUACAGUAUAGUUGUUAACUAUACAGAAAUUCAUUUCUUAGCCAAGGUAGAUACGAAUUACCAAUUACGAAUCAAGUCGAUUUUGAGUUUAUUAGCAUUAAACAUGUUCAACUGAUCCAGAAGAAAAAUAAAAAUAUGAUUGAUUA